CACACAAAUUCAAACACAUUAGCUCCUCUGCACAUCGACAUAUAAUAUACACACACACACACACACACACACACACACCCACAUUGCAGAUCAUUAAACAAGAGAAUUUUAGACUGAACAACAGCAUGAUUUUCAUGUGAUCCUUUACCACCAUCGAUCUGCCUCUUUCACUUGGAACACUGCGGCGUUGAUAUUGAUGAUGCCACACCUAAUGGUUUGUGUUAACAAGUUGAAGGACAAGUUCCUCGUUAACCUGAUUAACAUAUCUUGAUCUAAACUAGAUUAAUCUAAUUUAAAUAAUGCAUAAAGUAAGUUAGCCUAACUUAUCAGUAAGGAUCCCAGAAGAAAAUAUCAAGUGAAAGUGGGUUCUCAUGUUUCCAAAGGCCCUUUAGUGGCAGUGCGGAUACAGCACACUGUGCUAAACUAAAAAGCCUCGGUACACAAAGAUGCAAUGUGGCCAGUUUCACCUCCUAAGAUAAAGUUAGAUACCGUUUCUUAUUUGGGUCGACUGGGAUGUCCCGGAUGCAAACCAAUGACCUUUAGGAGAGGAGGCGAUGUCUUAUCCAGUCAGUCGCCGCAACCCUUUAACGUAACCUAACCUAACCCAUGUUGUUUUAUAGGAUAUAAGAUGGAAGAGACGACGUUCUCAACAAUGACAGCUGCAGCCACACCUCAGACAACAGCAGAAGAUAUAUACGGUAGUAACCUGCUGGGUCUCACAGGUGCCUGCGUCUUCAUCAUCGCCAUCGUCGGUGCAGUUGGUAACUCUCUCGGGUCCUUGGCUCUCCUGAUGAGCAAGAAACUCCGUCAGAGUCCUUCCACAGCGUUCAUGGUCAACCUUCUUGUCUGCCUGUUACCCGUGUGUGCCUUCGGGAUGCCUAUGUAUGGAGUCGUGUGUCUGCAAGCUCAACAGUACGGCGAUGUUACAUUCUCAAAGGAAUUGUCCUUGAUAUUUUCUACAAUAGGCCUCAUACUAGGUCAAGUGCACAUACACACCAUCUGCGCACUCGCCUUCAACAGACUGCUAGCUGUGGCGUACCCAAUGUUGUACAAGCAAGUGAUGCAACAAAAGAAGGUGAUUUACUACUUGAUCAUAAUCUGGGUCUACUCCGCCCUACUCUGGCUCCCUCUUACCUUCGGGGUAUUUGGCCAAUUGGAGUUUGAUAAUGUGGAACUGAUGGUGUCGAUAAAGGAUAAUUCCGGGAGCAGACUGAAGAAAGCCAUACACGUGUUCUUCACCUUCAUACUCCCCACCAUCUUUACUAGUGUUUGUUACGUCAACAUGUACAUUAAGGUGCGUCACUCAAGAGAGGCGAGGCUGGCCCGACGUCGAUGCAAGAGUGUUACUGAGAAUGCUGAAGACAAUGUCCUUCGCCAGUGGGACGAUCAUGUCACCCGCACCAUCUUCGUCGUCUUUGUCGUGCUGCUAUCCUGCAAUUUGCCGCACAUAGUCAUCCACAUCUAUCACCUCCACAACAAGUUUCCUACCGUCUGGCUCCUCCUUCACUUAAUCUUCUGGCUCCAGUUCUGCGUCGACCCCAUAGUGUAUGUGACCAUGAGCCAACAGUACCGCAACGCCACCCUUCAAUUCCUCUCUAACUUCUGCUCUUAUUUCGCCGUCUUUCAGGUCUCUGAUUCAGAGGUAAAAUCUGAACCCAAAAGUGAUCUGAAGACUGAUCUCGCCUUGCAGAUUCAGGCGACCUCUAAGCAGGCCAUGACACCUCUCCCGAAAGUUAAAUUCUCAACUGAAUUAAAUGUGUAAACCAUAUAUAUAUAUAUAUAUAUAUAUAUAUAUAUAUAUAUAUAUAUAUAUAUAUAUAUAUAUAUAUAUAUAUAUAUAUAUAUAUAUAUAUAUAUAUAUAUAUAUAUAUAUAUAUAUAUAUAUAGAAGUAUGUCUGUAUGUGUGUUUGUGUGUGUGUGUCCGCACGAGAACCUCGGAAACUACUUUACCGAUCUGUAGUGAUGAUGGAUGGUGUUAUAUGUAGUAAACUUACUUGAAUAUACAUGGAUCUGGUUACUUCUUAUACCAAAGCAAAUUUAGAAUUAAGGUGUUAUUAUUGUAAUUAGGACAAAGAGUGGUUGUUUUCCGUAGGGUUUCGAUGUUUUUUUCAAUUAAUAUAUUUUUUUUAUAAAAGCUCUAUAAUAGAGUGGAUGGGCAUUAUAGUCAGACAUUGUGUGUGUUAAUUUGUCUAUGUUACUCUCUGGCUGUUUGUAUGGCUUUAAUUCUUACUGCACAGACCAAAUACUGUGUGAACAGGCUGUCACAUUAUUAAGUAGUGAGGGGAGGUCUUUUGUGGGUUAGUAUCUCGCUCGAGUGGCACUUGAUUUUCAUAUUUAUGAUGUUGAAUGC